AUGGAACGCCAUGGCCAUCUCGCUCUCGACCCCGAGGUACGAGAUCGGUUGCUGGCCGCCAGCGCAGCGACCCUCGACCGUCUCCUGAAACCGAUCCGUCCCACCGCGGGCAGCCGGCGCCGACGCCGGCGUCGGCAAUCGAUGGGGAAACGUGUUCCGGUACGCACCUACAAUGAUUGGAACGGACCGCCGCCGGGCUUUCUGGAGAUUGAUCUGGUGCUGCACUGCGGUGGACCGCUGUCCGGAUCAUUCAUCCACAGCCUGGUGGCCACCGACAUCUGCACCGGUUGGACCGAAGCCGUUCCCCUCCUGGCCAAGGAGCAAUCCCUGAUUGUGGAGGGACUGGAAGCCAUCGGGCAGCGGUUGCCUUUCCGUAUCCGUGGCAUCGACUCGGACAACGACAGCGCGUUCAUCAACGAGACGCUGAUCAGCGAUUCUGGGGUCGAUUCCGGUAGGGGGCAGGAUCGUACGCUAAUCGGACGCCAGGGCGAAAUCCGCGACCGCUCCAGCGAGGGCCAACACUACCGCAUGGCCGGGCUCAACCUGCUCGCCGCCAUCGUCAUUUACUGGAAUACCGCCCAUCUCGGCGAAGCGGUCAGACCGCGGAAACACGCCGGCUUGACCGUCGAGCCCGCGCUCCUGGCCCACAGCUCACCCCUUGGGUGGGCCCACAUCCUGCUCACCGGCGAAUACCGGUGA